GUGUUAACUGACUCGCACCAAAAACUGAAACUGAACUCAGUUCUUCCGAGUGGAGGCAGUGUGUGUUGGAACGCCGUACUGGAAAGACCGCACACACACACACACACACACACGCACGCACUCACUCUCUCUCUCUCUCUCUCUCACACACACACACACACACACACACACCCACAGUAGCCACCAACUGCGCCUAACUGCUGCUUUGAGACUUUCCUCCUCCUUCACCAGGGUGUCCCCGGUUUAAAGUCUCACUCUAAAGUGUUACUUGUGUGCUUUUCGGUCUGUAGCGCGGCGGACAUCAUACCGGUGCGCACACGGAGCAGGAGCAUUACGCACGUCGAAUCGGCGCGUGAGCAACAUCUGGAUUAAAGCAGAUGUUCAGCCGGAGAGAAUCAGAAAUCCCAACAGGGCACCGUGAUCCUGGCCGAACCGGACUAUGCUGAUAUCACGGCGGAUUCUUGGCCAGGCUUUGCUCGAGCGGAUGGAUUAAGGAACAGCUCUCAGGAGUGAGAGAGAUUGAGAAAGAGAGAGAGAGAGAGAGAGAUAGAGGAAGAUAGCGCACACAGAGCGGCGCAGCAGGAUGAUUAAGAAACAAAAGCAGAAGACCUUUACACAAGUUCUGCUGCUCAUCUGCAUGCUCACACUCUUGCUAUCACCGAUCCACAUUGCAGGACAUAAAGUUCACCAUGUCAGGACAGGAACAUGUGAAGUUGUAGCAUUACAUCGAUGCUGCAAUAAGAACAAGAUAGAGGAACGUUCUCAGACUGUCAAAUGCUCCUGCUUUCCAGGACAAGUGGCUGGAACCACACGAGCAGCACCUUCCUGUGUAGAUGCCUCCAUAGUGGAGCAGAAGUGGUGGUGUCAGAUGCAACCCUGCCUGGAUGGAGAGGAGUGUAAAGUUCUGCCUGAUCUUAAAGGCUGGAGCUGCGCCACAGGGAACAAGAUCAAGACCACGAAGGUUGACUGAGUUGGAGAACUGUUUGGAGGCUCUUCAGCUGUGGAUCUGAUCUGUGCACAGACUGUUUUGUAACAAAGUCAUGAAGGUUUUCCAGGACAUGAGUGUCAUGAGCACAUCUGGAUGCUGUUCCAUACUUCAGCUUUAUAAAGCUUGUCGUGGAUUUCUCUAGUUGCAUAUUGCUUGCUGUUUUUGGACUUAUGGCUCAGUUACAGACUUUCCUUUAUAUGGAUCCACAUGGAUCCAAG